UCUCUCUUUCUCAUCAAGUUGUCCAGCGUUUAGACUGUAAAAGAAACACCUCCGUUGCUUGUCACAGCGUAACGCAUUCUUCUCCACAGAUGUACCCAGGCCAACGCUUGCCCGCGAACUCGUUUUGUGAAGAGCUGCUCGACGCAACACACACUCAACGCUAUUCGAUGGAUCAUGACGACAUUCAGUGGAUGUGUCCUGUCAUGAGCAGUAACUCUGCGUUUUCUAGUGACCAUACAAAACGCUAUAUGCGGUCACCUGUCCGGGAAUCGACCCCGUAUCGAUCUCAGUACCUCUCGAACAUCAGUCCACCCCCCUGGCAUACUUUCCCACGAGUAUUCUCUAUCCAGUCGACACCGUGCCCCGGACAUCCGACGUACACGCAAAUGAUAUCGUCGCCAAGUCCUUUGUCUCGCAAUACGGCCUUGCUCCGCCCAGAUUUCUCACCUCCGUUUCAAGGGAACACGCCCUUUGAGCGACAAUUCACCAGCGACCUUCCCUUCGCCGAAUAUAUCAGUUUCAAUACCGACCUGUCUCCGGUUUCCCGGAAGGAUUCCAUUCACUCUUCUCAAAGUUCUUCUCUUACUGAUAUCCGAAGUGGCACAACGCCUCUGUGUAACGACAGGGCCCGGAAUUUGGAACUGUAUUCAACGACCGAACGUGUAUCCUUAAUCGAGAGGUUUAAGUCCGUUGCCCGAGACCCUGAUGGCGAUUCCCAAAAGCGUUCAAUAUCACCUAUCUCUGACGCUUCAUCUCUUACUCCGUUGUCUUCUCCAGACCAGUUUGUCGGACGGCAUGCGCCAAGGGAAGCGAGUACACCCCCCACUUCCCCUGUCCAAUAUUCCUUCCGGAAUGCGACGGAGACCGCCGAAACCAAUCGUCCUGCUCGUGAUCUGCCUUCAGUAUACUUGACACAAGAAUCAAGUAAACGAUCCGAUGAUUUUGAACGGAAGCGAAAGCCAGUUCCAGCAUGCCACUACUUCGCACACAUGGGCGAAAAUUGUCACAAGCGAAAGAAGUUACGGCCACUAAACGAAACCGAUGCUAUAUCUAUCCUACCAAUUUUCGAUUGCGAUAAACCCACACGCCGUCUCCUGCCAGCUGGUAUUCCGUAUCAUCCACAGUUUUCACUGUUCUACAGGCGUUUCCCCGUUAGCUCUCACAUUCAAACUGCAGACGGAAUAUUCGCACCCCUUAGCUCAAGCUUGCAGCACCCUGGCGGACUAUAUAACCCUCCACAUAGUGCCUUAGAUCUGUACACUCCGCGCUUCGUACGGGGCUGUGGGACUAGCAAAGUUGGUCUAUGCCCGGUAUGCGUGGAGAGUCCUGGUCGAGGAGGAAGUGGCCAAUGCGUGUGGCUUUCCAUGAAGUUCUCUGCGUACAAUUACCACAUGCAAUAUGGGCACGGCAUAUCAGCAGUGUCAUCUACUCCAUUUUCUCCGCCAGUUAGUUUCCGCACGACGAAACGGCGCAAUCCUGGAAAAAGGGAGCGCACGCAUAUACUCGAGGGGAAAUGUCACAAGUGUAAGAAGUGGAUUCCCGUCGAAAGCUUGAAAGAGUUGGAGAUCAAGGUAUUGCACUUUCAAUAUUAUUCGUGUAAUUGUAACAACAUCGAUCAAGGUCAAGGAAAUCUACUGGUACGUGUGUUGAUGGAACCGGUUCUCGGACCUCACUGGCGCAGGUGGAAGCAUGCUGCGGCAUGUCAUCAAGGAACUCACAUCGAAGGCGACAAUGAUUUUUUCGAAGACGAUGACGUCUACCGCAAAGUUCGGGAACUUGAUCUGUGACUCUACAGCUCCCUCAAAUUUCUCUAUUCCAUUGCUUGACGUUCUGAACGUAUUUCUCCUCCGCUUCCCUUCGCUGUUAUUAUGGUUCGUUUGCGGUGCUCAAAUCCUGGUCCGUCAAGUCAUGUGUUCGCUCUCCAAGCAUGUUGUACCACUACCUCAUCGAUGCGUCGCGUUCUCCUCUUGUAAUUUUGUUUCUAGAAGGCGCAUGUACCCAUUGUCAGAAUAGUUAUCGUUAUGCCGUAUUAUCGUUUUUCCUCGAAUGCCACGCGAUUCGGA